AGCAGGGAGUAGGGGUGAUCCAUGACCCUUGACCUCUAUCCCCCCCCCCCGCAUGGUGCUGGCCUGGGGUGCCCACUCCCAGGUGGGGGCAGGAUGGAGACUCUGGGCCUGCGCCCAACCCUGGCCUGGCUGCCUGCUCUGCGUCCGGCUGCACUGCCCACCCCCAGUCCAGGCUGUGACGGGGUAGGUGCCAGGGGCUUGGGGUCUCCACUGCCCCUUGCCCUGGGCUGGGGAGGGGCAACGGAGGCAGUGUCCCCUCUCCCUGCCCCAGCACCCGCUGCUUCCAUCACUCCAGUGAGUCACGGCCCCAAUUCUGCAAGUGUUGCUUCUAUGCCCUGGGCUCUGCGGGGCUGGUGCCCCAAGAUGGGCGUCGGGGGGCUCUGGCAGGACCUCGGGGCUGGAGAGGUCUCCUGUCCUGGAGCCAGAGCAUCGUGACCCCCCCCUCCUGUCCGGUGCCUGGCCAGGGUGGGGGUCACGGGCAGAAUCUCCUUGGGAUGUGGAGCCCUGUGUCUCGGGGGGGGGGGUGUUCAUCUAGGCAUUUCUUGGUCUAAACUUGGAGCAGCUUAAUUUGUUUCUGGUGACGAGGAGCCAGGUCUGUGCUCCCCUCCCUGGGCAGCUUGAGGGAGCGAAGCCAACACGGGCACAGCUGAACAUCACUGUGUCCUGGGUGAGCAGGGGGUGCCCAUGCCCUCAGGCACCCUGGCAACAUGGCAGGGGCAUGGUGAUGACUGGGGCUGUGCCUGCGGGCUCUGACUCUGCUCUCCGGGAAAGGGGCAGCUAGCCUGGCCUGCCCUGCCGGUGAGGAACCCUCCCCCAGCCCCAUGCUCUCGCUCUCAGGCUCCCUUCAGUGCCCCCUUCUGCUUCCAGGAGCCCCGCGGCCCUGCUCAGCGGUGCUGGCCAGCCUGGAGGCGGCCAAGGAGAUCAAUGAGCUGAGCCAGGUGCCGCUGCCCAUCAUGCUGCUGCCCGAUGACUUCAAGGCAAACUCUAAGAUCAAGGUGAACAACCACCUCUUCAACCGGGAGAACCUGCCCAGCCACUUCAAGUUCAAGGAGUACUGCCCCCAAGUCUUCCGCAACCUGCGCGAGCGCUUUGGCAUCGAUGACCAGGACUUCCAGGUGUCACUGACCCGCAGCCCCCCCCAGUACGAAGGUGAGGGCAGCGACCGGCGCUUCCUGCUCUCCUGGGACCGGACGCUGGUGGUUAAAGAGAUCUCGAGUGAGGAUGUGGCUGAUGUGCACAGCCUGCUCUCGCACUACCACCAGUACGUGGUGCAGUGCCACGGGAACACGCUGCUGCCACAGUUCCUGGGCAUGUUCCGCACAGGCGUGGACAGCGAGGAGCGCUACGUGCUGGCCAUGCGCAACAUGUUCAGCCACCGCCUGCCCGUGCAUCGGAAGUAUGACCUCAAGGGCUCCCUAGUGUCCCGAGAAGCCAGUGACAAAGAGAAGGGAAAGGACCUGCCCACGCUGAAGGACAUGGACUUCCUGAACAAAAAUGAGAGGGUCUACGUGGGCGAGGAGGCCAAGCGGGAGUUCCUGGAGAAGCUCAAGAGGGAUGUGGAGUUCUUGGUGCAGCUGAAGAUCAUGGACUACAGCCUGCUGCUGGGCAUCCACGAGGUGCCGCGGGCCGAGGAGGAGGAUGAGCCUGAGGAUGAGGACGGGGGAGACAAUGGCACUGCUGGCCUUUACGGCGCCUCCCCCGAGGGCCUCGGCAUUGCCGGCGACUUUGGCGCCCACCGCGCCCUGGGCCCCGGCGACUUCGACUCGCGUGUGGAUGUGUAUGCUGUCCGCAGCCAGGGCGGGCCCUGCUGUGAGGUGUACUUCAUGGGCCUCAUCGACAUCCUCACCCAGUACGAUGCCAAGAAGAAAGCGGCACACGCAGCCAAGACUGUCAAGCAUGGGGCCGGCGCUGAGAUCUCGACGGUGCACCCGGAGCAGUACGCCAAGCGCUUCCUGGACUUCAUCACCAACAUCUUUGCUUAGCCCCAUGGCCACUGGGUCACUCCCCUGCUCCUCUAGACCCCCCCCUCCCCCACACUCCCUGGUGUUUGCUGGGCAGACGCGGGGAGCCGGCCCCCCCUGCCCUGGCUGCAGCGGAUCCCAGUGUCCUGGUGUGGAUCAAGUGCCUUAUCUUUAUAACCCCUGGUUGGGGGGGGAGGGGGGGCGAGGGCUGCCCCCUACUCAGAGCUGCUGCUGCUGCUGUUGGUGGUGGAGGAGGAGGAGGUUGUGCUGCUAGUGAGAGGUGGGGAAUCCUGCCCCCCACCCCCCCAUUGACUCACUGACCCGCUGCUCCCUGGAUCUGGGGUCACAGCCUAGGCAAAGGCCCCCACCUGCCCACUUCAAUGGGCUGUGGGGCUGCUGGUAGAGGGGGUUCCCCCAGCACCUGUGGGCAGUGGGUCCUAAGGCCCUGCCACCCUGCAGUGGGGAGGGUCUGACAAACACUAAUACCUCCCCCCAGCCCCUGGGGCUGCCCCCAAGUCCUCACCUCCACGAAGCUGUCCCAGUGCCCCCCCAGGCUGUGUUGGGAGCAGGGGCUAUGCCCUGGGGGGGGCAUGCUCAGGGGAGGGGGGCUGUUGGGGGGGGGGGGCAGGGGGGCCACAUUCCUGUUCACUCUAUUGAUAGAAAUAAAUUAUUGACUAUGA